AUUUCCAGCACAUGUGGAUGUGUGUGAAUAGAAAGUGAUUGUGUGUUGGUCCGAGGUCCAGUUUAGGGAGCGAUGUGCUCCGAGCGCGGCUGCUGUGGUCUGACGUGCUGACGUGUUCACAGCAGCAGCAGCGCGAGACUGACACAGCGGCACAAGCGGACAGAAUGUCAGAAGGAGACAGUGCCGGUGAAUCCAUCCAUGGGAAACCAUCAGCGAUCGGAAACUUCUUUAAACGGCUCGGGCAGAUUUAUCAGUCAUGGUUGGACAAGUCAACACCGUUCUCAGCAGUCCGAUGGGCGGUCACUCUUCUUCUAACGGCCAUAUAUAUGAUCAGAGUAUAUAUACUACAGGGGUGGUAUAUAGUCACAUAUGCUCUUGGGAUCUACCACCUAAACCUCUUCAUUGCUUUCCUCUCACCAAAAGUGGAUCCCUCGUUGCUUGAUGAUCCAGAUGAGGGUCCAGCACUUCCCACGAAACAGAACGAGGAGUUCCGGCCGUUCAUCAGGAGGUUGCCUGAAUUCAAAUUCUGGCAUUCAGCGACGAAAGGCAUCAUCGUCGCUAUGAUUUGCACGUUCUUCGAAGCCUUCAACGUGCCAGUGUUCUGGCCCAUCCUCGUAAUGUAUUUCAUCAUGCUGUUCUGCAUCACCAUGAAACGGCAGAUCAAGCACAUGAUCAAGUAUAGAUACCUGCCCUUCACACAUGGGAAGAGGACUUACAGAGGCAAGGAAGACACAGCGAAAACAUUUGCUAGUUAAAAUUCCCCUUCCUGAAAUCAAAGUUAUUGAUGAAGAAUGGUGCGUAAAGGGGGUUGAGGUUUUCUUUUUUCUUUUGCUUUCUUUCUUUUUCGGAGUAAGGAGAAGCCAAGCCUGUUGAAACUUUUGAGCGACAUGGAUACUGAAAUGCUGCCUUUAAGCGUUUGUGGUUUGGGCCUAUGAGAAAUGCUGUUGAGAGCUUUUACACGGGCAAAUUUGAAUAUAUUUGGACAACCAAGUAUGAGAUUUGACUCCUUAUUUUCUCUGUGGUCCCCAUUCUUCUUCAAACCAAGAGGAUUUGGUAGACCGUCGUCUCCAGGAUAGAUUUAAAAAAUGCUAGUUCAUGCUAACUUUUCAAUUAUUUACCCACCUUUGUGUCAUUUUCAAUCAAUAUGGCUUUUUUCAGUGGAAAACGAAAGAGGGUGAUAUUUAGCGGAAUGUACGCGCUGCUCUUUUCCAUAGCUUUAAUGUUCUGGAAAAUAGCAGCAUCAAUAUAAUCUCAUUUUGUGUUUCACUAGUGGAAAUAUGUUAUUGGAAUUAAAUGGAGGUGAGAAGUGGACUGCUACAUGAUUAUUUAUGAACAUGGGAUAUAAAUAUAAUAUAAAGUAGCGGGAAGAGACGUCACUGAUCAUAGGGACUUGCCACAUGUUAAUAAUUGCCUUUUAUGAACAUUUGUAAUUCUCUUAAUGUGCUGUAGCAUUGUAUUUGACACCUUGACCACAUCCAUGCGUGCUGUUUGUAAGUUAUUCUUCAGUAGUUUAAACUCCCCUCACCUUGUACAUCAGGUUUUUAACACAAGCGUGCAUUCCAUUAAAAUAGUGUGAUUCAAAGAUAUUGGCUGUAUGUUUUUAUCAUUUAAGCAUUCCCAGUAAAAACUUUCUCUCUUCUUUCUUUUACAGAGGAAACAUAAAGUUGAGUGCUUUAACUUUUACAAAUGGAUGGAGAGGGUUGAAGGAUUUUUUUUUUCUUUUUUGUGCUGGGCCAUAACUACUAGUAUAGUGUUUUUUUUUUUUUUUUUAAGUCAAAUGGAAAGAACUUCAAUAAUCAUUGGAGAUGAGAUGCAUUUUCAUAUUAAAGUGCUUUUUUUCCUGGAGGGGGAGAUAUAUAUUAAUUCAAAUGUAUAUAUAUUUUUUAAUGGUUAGCAUGUUUUUUUUUUUUUUGGACAAUGACUUUUACUGUAUUAAAUUAAUCUUCAUCAAAACAAAAUAAUAGAUUGGUUGAAGACUUUGCAUGUUUUAGGUUUUCUUGUGCUGCUGGUUAAAAGAAAACAAGAUGAUUUUAAUAACUAAGUGUAAAUUUUUCAAUCGACAUGCUAUUAAAAGGCUGUGUCCCUUCA